CGCCGCUCCGAUGGUAGAAUCUGAAAGAUUUGACUUUUAUUUUGACAUUAAAUAAAUCGUGGUGUAGUAAAUAUGGCUGACGAACUCAAUGUUGACAGUCUAAUUCACAGACUUUUAGAAGUUCGAGGAUGCCGCCCUGGAAAAACAGUGCAGAUGUCAGAGUCGGAGGUGAGAGGCCUCUGUACGAAGUCUCGGGAAAUAUUCCUACAGCAGCCAAUAUUAUUGGAGUUAGAGGCGCCACUCAAAAUUUGUGGUGAUAUACAUGGCCAGUACACAGAUUUACUGCGUUUAUUUGAAUAUGGCGGCUUUCCGCCAGAAGCCAACUAUCUAUUUUUGGGUGAUUAUGUGGAUCGCGGCAAGCAAUCUCUCGAAACCAUAUGCCUCUUGCUUGCAUAUAAAAUAAAGUAUCCCGAAAAUUUCUUUCUGCUGCGAGGCAACCACGAGUGCGCCAGUAUAAAUCGUAUUUAUGGAUUCUACGAUGAAUGUAAACGUCGAUACAAUAUAAAGUUAUGGAAGACAUUCACCGACUGCUUUAAUUGCCUUCCGAUUGCCGCAAUUAUUGAUGAAAAGAUUUUCUGCUGUCACGGCGGUCUCUCACCGGACCUGCAGGGAAUGGAGCAAAUAAGACGGAUAAUGAGACCUACCGAUGUCCCGGAUACAGGUUUGCUGUGCGAUCUGCUAUGGUCAGAUCCAGAUAAGGACGUACAAGGAUGGGGCGAGAACGACCGUGGUGUUUCAUUUACUUUCGGUCCCGAUGUCGUCAGCAAGUUUCUUAACCGCCACGAUUUAGACUUGAUUUGCAGAGCUCAUCAGGUUGUAGAAGACGGGUAUGAAUUCUUCGCCAAACGGCAACUGGUUACUCUUUUCUCUGCACCAAACUACUGCGGAGAAUUUGAUAAUGCUGGUGGGAUGAUGUCUGUAGAUGAAACACUAAUGUGCUCUUUUCAGAUAUUGAAGCCAUCUGAGAAAAAAGCGAAAUACCAAUAUAAUGGUAUCAACAGCGGAAGACCAGCUACGCCUCAAAGAUCACCUCCCAAGAAGAAAUAACUGGCAUUUGGAAUUCAGUGUGCUGCACAGUGAGAAGGAUGCUACAAAUAAUUUAAUGUAUCAAUAUAGUUAUUAUGUUUCAUGUGGUCAUUGGACAAAGCCGAAUGGUAUGCUGUGUAUUGUUAAAUUUUUUUUAUCAAUUAUUGCUUGUGCCUUCUUAUUUUUAAUUUUACUUUAGAUGUGAGUGAUAUUAAUUUAUGACUUUAGUUUACAGAGGUUUUGUGAGUAUUGUUGUUAGAUUUGUUCGGUGAUGUCUUGUGACCUGCUUAUUCGAUCCCUGACAUAUGGCAGCCAUUCAUACCCUUGUUGUUUUUUGACUUAUUGAUAUUAUAUUAUAGAAAAAUUAUUUCGUUAAUGUAGAAGGUAAAGAUAUAAGCAAUCUUAAGAUGCGAGCAUUGGACUGGAGUGUCGUAACAUUUAAUACAUUUGAAGUUGUAGUGGAUCGAAAGCACCAUUGCUUUUAUUCUAUAACUAAUGUGCCUAUAAUUGUAAAUUAUAUAUAGGUCUUGGUAUAAGCGAUGAAAAGAGGAUAAAUUGAAAUUUCUAGUUCUUUUCAUGUAUAUUAUAUUAAAUUAUUAGAUGAAAAUGUUUUCAAAAAACAUAUCGUCUACUUUUAUUUUUUACUUUUUUCGUCUAUAUCCAAUGUAUUUUUUACUUAAUUAUUUUGUGGAGCUGGCCUAAGACAUGAUAUAAAUUAACCUUUGCAGUGUAGCUAAUAAGUAUUUUUUAUCCGUUUAAAAACUUUUGCAAGGUACAUUUUUAUUUUGGAAUGAGCUGAAGACCCAGUGAAAUUAUCAUUUGCUUUGCACACAGUAUUAUUCUAACACAUAAGUAGACGUUUCAAAAUUGUUGUCAGAUUGGCGUGAUCUCCCUACUGAGGCUUUAACUUCAAAUAUUAUAUUAAGUCUCGAAACUAAUUGAAAUGACGGUAGAAGCAGUAGUCCUCGCAACAAUAGUGCAAUUGCUAUAUUAUUAUAAUUAUAUGAAAUAAUAAAAAUUAUACGCAGA